UGAAUGCCGGCAUUUGACAUUUCUUUGUCCUCUUCAUACAUUUUACCUCCUCCGUUGGGUCUCAAUAAAAAAUAAUAAUUUGCUAUAAUACCACGUAAGCCCAAACAACUAACACUGUUUUCGAAUUUAAAUUGUUGAAAUGAGGGGAAUGUAUCGAUUGGCCUCAUUAAACAACUUGCUAUUGCAGCUGGUAUUGGCAGUAAUAGUAACGUUAUCCGUAGCGGACGUUCCUCGUCCGAUAGGUGUACCGCUAUACAAAGCUUCGCUGUACACACCUCGAUCUGACGAAAGUUGGGUAUGUCUAGAUGGCAAAAACACAAUUCGUCAUACACAGAUCAACGACGAUUUUUGCGACUGUGAAGACGGCAGCGAUGAACCAGGAACUUCAGCUUGCUCGAAUGGUAUUUUUAACUGUGAAAAUGUAGGAUUCCGUCAAGAAGACAUACAAAGUACACGUGUGAAUGAUGGAAUCUGCGAUUGCUGUGAUGGCAGUGACGAAUAUACCGAUAGUGCUAAUAAAUGUCCAAACACUUGUUUGGAACUGGGACGAGCGGAGGAAGAGAUAAAACGUUCACAAGCAGAUUUACAUAAACGCGGUAGUGAGAUACGCGCAGAAUUGAUUAGCAAAGGUAAACAAAUGAGAACCGAACGAGAGGCAAGACGUAAAGUUUUGCAACAAAGACGAAAUGAGCAGGAAGCUGUGAAGGCGGAAAAAGAGGAAUUGAAAAGAAAUGCCGAAGCCGCAGAAGCGGAAGCACUUGAGAUAUACAAGGAGCAACAGCGUGAAAAAGAUGCGGCUGCGGCUGAGGCAGCAAAAUCACAAGAAGACACACAGACAAUGCGGUAUGAGGCUGAGGCGGCAUUUAUCAAAUAUGACACAAACAAGGAUGGUUUUGUGGAAGUGACCGAGUUAAUGGUAGACAUGACCCUUGAUCGUGACCGCAAUGGCAUUGUAACUGUGGAAGAAGCCAAGUAUUUCCUUGAUGAACGUGAUCGCAUCGAUUUAGAUUCAUUUUUUGAUUUGUCAUGGCCACGUAUUAAACCCAUCAAAAUGUUGGCUGAAGGUAUUUUUAAACCACCAACUCCAGAAGGUGAUGAACAUUCGGAACAAGAAAGUAUUGAAGCGGAAGGCGAAACUGCGGCCACAGUGGAGGGAUCAGAUCAAUUCUCAAACGAAGAAGGUCGGGAACAUGAAGGUGCCUAUGGAGAGGAAGAUCUUUAUGAGGAUGAAGAUGGUGAAGCUGAUGUUGGUGUAGGAACCGUGUCUGACGAAACACACCCGGAGCCUGAAUAUGAUCCCGAAACCAAACGUUUAAUAGAUCUAGCGAACGAGGCGCGCAAUGCCUACUCCGAUGCCGAGCAAAAAGUACGCGAAAUCGAUAACGAGAUUAAAGACAUCGAGGAUCAGACUACAAAGGAUUAUGGGCUUUAUGAAGAAUAUGCUGCACUUGAUGGCGAAUGUUUUACAUUUGAAGAACGAGAAUAUCUUUAUACGCUUUGUCCUUUCGAUCGCGCUUCACAAAAACAACGCAGCAGUGGGUCAGAAACAAACUUGGGACGAUAUGAGCAAUGGAAUGGAGAUGGUGAUAAAAAGUACGAGAAACAAAAGUAUGCGCAUGGAACUGCCUGUUGGAAUGGACCGCAACGCACAACAAUUGUUGACUUCAAAUGUGGUCUGGAACAUAAAAUUAUAUCUGUAACAGAACCUAAUCGUUGUGAAUACAACUAUUUGUUUGAAACACCAGCUGCUUGUGAUGGUGUUGUUGCAGAAGACAUACGUCAACGAGAUGAACUUUAAAAUAAGGAGUAAGUUGAAUUGAGC